GCCGGAAUGCUGCGAGGUGGGAGGUGGGAUUUCCUUCCCAGUUCACUGACCCCCCCCUCCUCCUGCCCCAAACAGGACACACAGUUCUUGGCCCCAGACGGGAGGCUCUUAUUUUCCAGCGUCCUGAGAAACGACAGCGGUGUCUACGUGUGCAAAGCCCUGGAUUUGCACACCUUUGAAGAGUUCGCCGCUUCGGUAGACCUGAUGGUAAACUACCUCGACGUACCCACCAUCUUCCCAGCUGGACCCCAGGAACCAGCGGAAGGAGAAGACUUGCUCCUGAACUGCUCCACCUCGGGAUCCGGACCCUUGAAAUUCCAGUGGCAGAAGAAAGGGACGCUCAUUGCAGACGGUGCCGUCCUGAACCUGACUUCCAUCACCUUUGAGAAAAUGGGCAAUUACACCUGUGUGGUGACAAUGCCAGACUUCCCAGGUUGGGUGCGCUCCCGGCACAUUUUUAUUGCUGUUCGAGCAAAGCCCCAGACGGUGCCUCUGGAGCAGAAUCUGAGCGUGCGGGAAGGGGAGGUAAUGAAACUGACUUGCAGCUUCUACUCGGUGCCUCAGAUGAACACCUCCUGGAGUAACAGUAACGGCACGAGACCAUAACGCAGGAGAGCAAAGGGGUGAUCAUCGUCGCCGUCAUCGUCUGCCUGCUGCUGUUUGCCGUCCUGGGGGCUGUCCUUUACUUCCUGCACAAGAAAGGAAAGCUGGUUUGCGGGCGCUCCGGCAAGCAAGAAAU